CUGCAAUCCAGGUGUCAUCAUGUGGCUGCUUCUCUUCGUGCCUCUCAGGGCACCCUGCUGGCCCGAUUGUCCAGCAUCCUACUUUCAUCUCAUCGCAUGGCGCAGUGUUCUUCGUGGUGUCGUGCAAGGCUGGGCGAGCAACUCGAUCCUGAAGUAUUGCUGGAACUUCCGCGGCUCGUCAAAAUCCAGCAUCUUAUGGCUCGUUGCUAUGGUUGCUGUCCAUACUGUGUUCAACGCAGCAGCUCUCGCAGAAGGUAAACAGACUAUCGCGCUUUGGAACCUAAAGAUCUACCAUGAUGUCUUGCUCGACAUCUUCAUCCAACAGAUCUUACUCGUGCUUUCGUUGCGCAUAAUCCUCAGCAUCUUCAUCAGGGUCCCAGGUCCAGCUCUUGCGAAACUCACCUUCUUCUGGGAGGUCUGGCAUCUUGCCAAGAAAACUUAUGAACAAGCUGUUUUUCAAGCUCAUAUAACAUACGUCGCCAAGGCCCAGUUCCCGCCGGAACUCCAAGACCAUCUCGAACUUAGAUACUCCCAUCCAUUUCUCGCCCUGGCUCAGGUUUUCAAAGACGCAUACCAGCGCCCUGCCCUAACGGAGCAUCUCAUGAGUGAAGCCCUCAGCAACGAAUCAACCAUCGAUGCUUGUACCGACAAUCUACUCGACAAAUUCGCCGAAUGCUCCGACAAAGAUGGUAUUCAUAUAACGAAGCUGCUCGCUUGCUUUUGCUGGGAGAUGAUGGGUGCUGCCACUACUGGUCACCGUUUCAGGUUCUCGGACAGUGCAGAAGGCCAUCUUCUUGCUGAAAAAUUGNCAAACUUCAGGAGCAAGUCCAUUCGCAACGGGUCGUUCUUCUNNGUUUUCUACCCAUGGAUCGCCAAGAUAAUAGCUUGGUUUUCUUCCCAGGAUAGCAUUGCGGCCUGGUUCUCGUCGACCAAAAAUACAAUGAUUCAGAGCUGCUCUUUGACUGAGGNNAGUGCUUUGGAGGCAGGUUCACAAGAUGUGCAAGAUUGUCUCCUCAGCGACGAGUUCGAGUCUUUCUAUACCAAGUUUGGCAUUCAUGCCUGCCCGAGAGACUACUGUCAUAGCGUCUUGUCAUUUUUCAUCGGAACAGCCGACCCUAUCGCUACACAUCUCCAGACUGUCAUGGCAUACCUCGCAACUCAUCCUGAAUCACAAACCCUGAUCAAUGAAGAGGUGCAGUCAUCUUUUAGGGAAACCGCGUUGACCAUGGAGAACCUGCUGGAUUUGGGCUCGCAACUUCCGUAUCUGGACGCAGUCUUACGUGAAUCAGACAGACUGGUGGCUUCAGAUGGACUCGUUCUGAACUACAUCGCCAAAGAGGCAGUCGUCUUUGAUGGAUGUCGCAUCCCUGCAGACUUCUUAGNNUCUACCAUUCGCCUGACAAAACUUGCCGCUGGCCUUGACCAAUCUCGAUCUAGCGAAGGUGCCAAAUGGGAUUCUCAAAGAUGGCUCAACAAGGAAAACAUGGUUGUGAGU